AUGUGCGAGCAAUGACAGCAGCAGUGAGAGAUGGAUCGAGAGCGCAGGACACACUCAGCACAACACUCCAACACACCAUUGCAUCACCUGUCAUGCAUGCGGCUUGGCCUAUAGCCUGUGCUGUAUAGAGCCUGUCGUGCUACAGUGCAGGGAAGAGACGCAGGCUGUGCUUCCUGACUCAAACCCAGCCCUGCUGCUCCAUGUUUCCUAUGCUAACCCUUCUCAGCAUGUUUUACUAUAUCUGUCUCCGGCGGCGCUCCAGGAGCGGGACGCGCAGCGAGGCGUUGGGUAGCCGACGGGCGGUGGAGCUGGGUCAACGUUCAGCGCUGCCCGUGACUGUGGAGGUUGAGCAGUAUGGCAAGGAGGUCCUGGACUUCAGCUCUCACUACGGCAGUGAGAACAGCAUGUCCUACACCAUGUGGAACCUGGCAGGAGUGCCUAACGUGUACCCAAGCUCAGGAGACUUCACUCAAACCGCUGUGUUUCGCACUUAUGGAAGCUGGUGGGAGCAGUGUAUCAGCUCUACGCCUCGGUUCCGCCGCACGCCACCCAGUUUCCACAGCCAGGACUACCUGGAACUGGCCUUCGAGGAGCCUGUCUAUCCCACAGCGGUGGAGGUGCUGGAGACCUACCAUCCUGGAGCUAUUGUCAAGAUCAUGGCAUGCUCGCUCAACCCUUUCUCCCAGAACCCACCGACUGAUGUGAGGUGGGAGGUUCUGUGGUCCGGCAAACCCAACAAGGCUUUGACCCCUCAAGCUCGCCAGUUCUCCCCCAACAUCAAGCAGAUCAGCUUCACCACCAACCUGCUGCGCCUGGAGGUCAACAGCUCUCUGCUGGACUACUACACUGAGCUGGAUGCAGUGAUCCUGCGAGGAGUUCGAGAGAGACCCAUCCUGGCCCUCUAUAAGAUCCCGGUCAUUGACAUCAAUGAUCUGAGUGACAGUGAAGAGGAGAUCAGCGAAGCAGGAGGCUUGUGCUGCCGCUCGACUGCAGAGAACAGGCAGAGUCUGGCCAACGGACACUUUGACAGACUCCCUUAUGAGCUCAUCCAGCUGAUCGUGAGUCAUCUGCCAGUCCCAGACCUGUGUCGACUGGCUCAAAGCUGCAAGCUCUUUCACAAGCACUGCUGUGACCCGCUGCAGUACAUCCAGCUGAGCCUGCAGCCGUACUGGGCCCGGCUCACAGAUGCCUCCUUGUGCCACUUGCAGAGCCGCUGUACCCUUCUGCAGAGACUCAACCUGUCCUGGACGGGCAACCGCGGAGCUGUGACGCCCGCCGGCUUCUGCAGCUUUAUGAAGGCCUGUGGGGCUAGUCUGGUGUGUUUGGAGGUGUCGUGCUGUCAUUUCCUGACCGAAGCGUGUUUAGAAGUGAUCACCCAGACGUGUCCUUGCCUCCAGGAGCUUAAUUUGGCUUCCUGUGACCGUCUGCAACCUCAGGCCUUCAAUCACAUCGCCAAACUCACUCAUCUGCGCAGGCUCGUGCUCUACCGCACCAAAGUUGAGCAAUCAGCCAUAUUGAGCAUUCUUACAUUCUGCCCAGAGCUCAGACACCUCAACCUGGGGAGCUGUGUUAUGAUUGAAGACUAUGAUGUGGUUGUGAGUAUGCUGAGUGCCCGCUGUCGAUCUCUGCGUUCUCUGGACCUGUGGCGCUGCAGGAAUUUGAGUGAGCGUGGUCUGGCCGAGCUGGUUUCAGGCUGCCGGCUGCUGGAGGAGCUGGAUCUGGGCUGGUGCUCCACACUUCAGAGCAGCUCCGGCUGUUUCCAGCACUUGGCCCGCAGUUUACCCCGUCUGCGCAAACUCUUCCUCACCGCAAACCGCACUGUCUGUGACACAGACCUGGAGGAGCUGGCCGCCAACUGCAACGCUCUGCAGCACCUCGAUAUACUGGGCACGCGGAUGGUUAAUUCAGCCUCUCUGAGGAAGUUACUGCAGUGUUGUCCUCGUCUGAAGCUUCUAGAUGUGUCCUUCUGCUCACAGAUCGACUCACGCUUCGUCCAGGAGCUCAGUGGCCUUUUCCCGAAUGUGUCCAUCAAGAAAAGCUUCACUCAGUAAAACUCAAAAAAAAAAAAAAAGUGUGUCUGAACAGGAUGGGUUUAAGACCCCGGGAAGAAGCCUUGCGCUUUCUGGUGCUGUGAACUCGCUGCCUUCAACUGCAGGAGCUGUGAACUGCCCUUCCAAGACGUCACGGAUGUUCCACUCACUCACUCUCACUAUGUAUUGAAUCUCACAAUUUCAUCAGACCUCAGUUUUUGAUCUUAAUCUCAGGGUUUUAUUUUUGUCUUCAGAGCGAGAGAGAGAGACGUUUGUAGUAUGCUGUACUACAACCCAGUGGUUUUGUUUUAAACCUAGCGUAUCAGUUUCAGUGUUUUAUUUGCAUUGUUAAAUGUUGUCAGAUCGAUGUCGUGAAAUAGUAACAUGGUGUACUAUGAUUAUUUAUUGAUCCAUUAUAAAUUCAGGGCCACACUGACUUGAAUCACGGGCACAGAAAUCUUUUGUGGCAAUACCUAGUUUGGGUUGAGACUUCUUAUGCACUUGUACACAAUAGGGCAAAACCAAAACAUAAGCUUUUCUCUAUUGCAAAACUUGACGUUUACUUUUGCGCAUGCUAUAACUGGUAGAUGACAUAUCCUUGUGCCUUAGGUUUCAAGAGAGAAGUACUUUGUGUGUGUGUGCUGGUUGUCUAUAUUGUCUAUGCUAAAAUUGUGAUUUGCCAAAAUCACCCUAAACCAAAGGGUUUUUUCUUUCUUUUAAUUUUGAAAAACACACUAAUAGCAUUGUACUGUAUUUUCUGUAAAGGUGUACAGUUAUUCAAAUCAAAACAAGGAUUAUUGUUUUCUUUGGUAAAAGUUUUUUAAGUGCCACAUUUUUAGAAUAAUGUUUGGAUCUGACUUACCUGUACUUUACUCUAGCGUACUGAGCACACCAUGUAAACACUGAAGUUACCUAACAUUAUUUUAUUUAUGUUAAAUUGUACAGUGAUUUUCUUGUCAUUUUGGAUAUUGUAUUAAUUCAUGCUGUUCGAGAGCAGGAGAGUUUUAGCAUCAUUUCAGAUCUGAGAGUGACAGUCAUGAGGUCUUGGUUCAAUAAAGUGAGGCUUAAUA